GUGAUGUGACCAGUCAUGGUGAGAAUUUCGAGAGACGCGUACCGAGGCGCAAAAAAGAACGAGCGAAGAAGAUAGAAAAGGGAGAAUCGAUUAAAGUUUCUGCUUAAUAUAUAUAUUAUAUAUAUGUAAUUAUAUAUUGUAAAUGUCUUAAGUUAAGUGAUAAAAACCAGAUAUUUGUGUAACGUUCAAUAUUUUAAUACGCGUCGGAGUACAACGAGUGAAGCUAACCGCACACAAAGAAACGGGGUACUUGCGAGCGAAUUAGGCAAAAACAAGAGCCAAAAGUUACAAAACAGAGCGCUGCGCAAUAGACGGUGGUGUACAUAGAGUUUAACUAAAUCGGAAUCAGAAUCAGUUAAAAGUGUGAUUUUUUUGAGCCUUUGUCUGUGAGUGGAGAGAAAGCUUUAAGCGGAAUUACAUACAUAUAUAAAAGUACGAAGCCAGCCCGUCGCCAUUUUGAAAGUGAUUUUACAAUACAUAUACAUAUACACACAGCGAACACAUACAUACACACAAACACCCAGAAACCCAUCCAAUUUGAAGAAAAUCAACAAAACACAAAAACCAAAAUCAACUUCCGCCACAUUUUUAAAGUGAAUAAUCAACAAAAUCAAGGCAACUUUUAACCCAAACUCAACACAUUUUGUAUAUACAUAUAUAUCUUAAUAUAUAUAUAUAUAUAUAUAUAUAUAUAUAACGCUUGGCACGUUCGGAAUCUGUAUAACAAAGUGUCGAGAAAAUCCCCGAGCAAUCGAUAACUGCGCUACACACACACAGAGCCUACAGAGAGCGUUCGUGUCAGAGGUCUACAGCGAAAAAGAUCAGCACGGCUUUAAAUGCGACAGCAGCAGCUACGAGAAUUUGCAAAAUUAGAGCUAAGGAUAGCUUAACCAGAGAAAGAGAUAAAUCAACAGACUGAUAAACAAUACAUACGUUACAAGUUUAACUAUAUAAAAGUAAACAGCAGCUGUACAUAAGAAGCGAGACCCAAACCGGACCCAGAGCCCGAGCCUACGUGCGUGCCUGCCCGUCGUGUCGCCCUUGCUCGCCCAUUUUUUCAAUUUUGGAUUUUGUGGAUGAUCGAAGAAGAAGAAGAAGAGCAUCUUAAGCGAUAAGAACCAAAGAAGAAGAAGAAGAAAAACGAGCGACAGAAUCAAUCCAAGCGAUAGCAGCAGCAGCAGCAGACACCGAGUUUGGUUUCGAUUUAUAAAAAAAAUUGAUUUAAGUGCGUGUGAUAUUUAACGUUAAGCAUUAAUUUAGCGAAGCAACCAAAAACAAAACAAAGAUUAAAAAAAAGGCAAAACAGCAGAAAUUUUAAUAGAAGAGGAGUGAGAGAGACGACGACGAAAUUACUAUGACAUACUCGCACAAUAGCGUUAGGAACAACAUCAGAAUGACAACCGCAGCAGCAACCAAGUCCAUACGAUUGAAAAAGGGAGCAGCAUCCGCUGCGGCAUCUCCCUCGGUAGCAUCAUCCCCAUCCCCAACAUCCGUAUCUGCAUCCUCGCCAGUCACGCCCUUGGUAACUGCACAUUCCAACAGUAUUGCCAGCAGUACAAACAUAACUCCCAACAACUCCAAUUUGCUGAGCUCCUCGCCCACUAACUGCACCCCCAUCCUGUCCGGCCUGUCGACGCCGAACAACCAACAACAGCGGCCCAGGCAAUCACAGUCGCAGUCCGCCGGUUCGCAGCGCCGCCAGCAGCAGCGCCAGUCGCCGCAGCAAGGUGCCGGAGGCGGCGGGGCCUUUUUCUUUGCCAACAACAAUCGGCGAACUGGAGGAGGACGGUCCCCACAGGGAUCCAUUGCAGUGCGCCAGUCGCCAGCCACCAUUCUGGGCGGAGGUUUCUCGCCAACGAUGGUGGCUACCGCUGGGGGAUCGGCUCGGAAGCAGCGCAAGAGCCCGCCACUGGGUGGAAAGGUUUCGCCCCAGAACAUGCAGCAGCAGCACCCACUCAUACCCACCGCACUGACGCAUUUCGCGGGCAGCAAAUGUUUCGACGCCCCGGCACCUACGGCGCUGCCCAAGCCACCCCAGCACUGGACCCUGUCCAAGUCGGAGGAGAAGCAGACGAGGCCGUUGGGAGCGAUGAUGUCGUUGCCCAAGUUCCAGAUGCCACUGAUGAUGCCGGUGCGCUCGUCGAAGCGCAAUCUUCUUGACGAAUUCGACACGCACAACCUGAAGCUGCUGCUCAACGUGCAGUCGUAACCUUGGUGCUGGAGGAUCACAGUCCUGACAACAGCAGCAGUAUCUGGAACUGGAACCGGAGCGAGUGGAUUGAGAAACAACCGACCGACAAAAAUGGAUUGAACCCCGGAGGACCCCGAACCCGUCAACGAGAUGCAAAAAAUAAAAGAUAUGAGAAAAAUAAAAAUAAUAUAAA